ACGCCCCACUUCUCGCGUGCCACUCUGUUCCUGCCGCUCCUUGAGCACGAUUGCCGACGAUUCUUUCAGGUCCACCAGCAUUCAGCCGAGUUUCAUAACCCUCGUAUUAUCUUUGAUAAGCCAGCUCCAUCGAACUCGAUGCCUCAGUGUAUAGGCCGUUUUGACUGAUUCGAAAGAAACCAAGAAACUCCCAGAGGUCAAUAUCAGCAUGGCCUGAAGCGUUGAGCAUGCCUAGUUGACUGGCGGACCAACCCAGUAACGCUCAUGAGCCGGAGAAGUCGUCCAUUGACUAUCUCGCUCUCAAUGACUCGAUGUAUCAAGUAUUCGGCAAGUUGAAUCGAAACCCCCAACGACGUGAACCACGACAUCACCAGCACAUAAUCGAUGAUUGUGAACUUCGGUUACUCGCAAAGGUCUUCGCCUGAGAGCAGCCUGCUUCUAUACGUUGCAAUCGAUGUCAGAUGCGACUCUAGGCGGCAACUAAUGGGUUGAUCUGCAAUGAUCCUUGGAAUGGACGACGUCUGUCAGUAUGUCAGUGCUUUGGAACCUCGAGAUCCGGAUGCCGUGUCUCAGAGGAGAGGGUGUGCAAGAAGUCUGGGCACAACUCAACCGUCUGCCGCAGCCACUUUCAACGCAGACCGCGUCGGUUCAUCGUAUCACAAUUGCCAAAAUCUCCCGUAUUUGUUUACGCCUCAAGAUAUUCCUAUUCCAUGGAGUCAGAUUCCUCGCAGCCCGGAUUUCGAGUGUUGGAAGGAGAAAACGGACAUGCUUGAUCUUCGAGCUCCCGGAUCCAAGCCAGGUGUCGAGCAAACACUGGAUCGCAGUCUAUACGUUCCGGAAACAAGAUCGCGAACUGCCCGUGAGCGUCGGACGAUUCCAGCAAACGCUGAGCGAAAACAGGCGACGUUCGAGACGUACAGCAAUUGCGACUACCGAGCUAUUUGCGCGAUCAGCAGUUCGAAAUACUGGAACCGCGACCCAUGUGGGGUUUGGCUCGCCUAUGUACUUGAGCAUGGCCACCCUCAAGCGCAUGUGGUAUGCGCGGAGCUCGACUACCUAGCAUUCGAUCCUCGACUAUCUCGACCGUUACCCAUGGCAGAAGCACCGGCGCAAACUUUGGGAACUACUUCGACACUGUCGCGUAAUAUUAACGGCAGCGAUCUUGCUGCAACCGCGUCCUCUUCCACAAAUCGGCUCGAGCCUAGGGACAUGGGUCUUGGCCUUAGAAGAGCAUUGCGCAUGAUCAACUCACAAGUCGAACCAUUGUACAACAGUCAAACUUCAGACCAAUCGGCAAAGGGAUGCAUAGUAGACGUGGUCUUGAUUGCUUACUAUGGAUGCCACCUAUGA